GCCCCCCUCUGCCCCGGGCCGCGCCCGGGGGUCCCGCACUGACGGCCCAUGGCGCCGCCCGCCGCCCGCCUCGCGCUGCUCUCCGCCGCCGCGCUCACCCUGGCGGCCCGGCCCGCGCCCGGCCCCCUCCCCGGCCCCGAGUGUUUCACAGCCAAUGGUGCAGAUUAUAGGGGAACACAGAGCUGGACAGCACUGCAAGGCGGGAAGCCAUGUCUGUUCUGGAACGAGACAUUCCAGCAUCCGUACAACACGCUGAAAUAUCCCAGCGGGGAAGGUGGUCUGGGUGAGCAUAACUAUUGCAGAAACCCAGACGGAGACGUGAGCCCCUGGUGCUAUGUGGCGGAGCACGAGGACGGUGUCUACUGGAAGUACUGUGAUAUUCCUGCCUGCCAGAUGCCUGGAAACCUUGGCUGCUACAAGGAUCAUGGAAACCCACCUCCUCUCACUGGCACCAGUAAAACGUCCAACAAGCUCACCAUACAAACCUGUAUCAGCUUUUGUCGGAGUCAGAGGUUCAAGUUUGCUGGGAUGGAGUCAGGCUACGCAUGCUUCUGUGGAAACAACCCUGACUACUGGAAGCACGGAGAGGCAGCCAGCACCGAGUGCAAUAGUGUCUGCUUCGGGGACCACACACAGCCCUGUGGUGGAGACGGCAGGAUUAUCCUCUUUGACACUCUCGUGGGCGCCUGCGGUGGGAACUACUCAGCAAUGGCAGCCGUGGUCUACUCCCCUGAUUUCCCUGACACCUACGCCACUGGGCGCGUCUGCUACUGGACUAUCCGGGUUCCGGGAGCCUCUCACAUCCAUUUCAACUUCACCUUAUUUGACAUCAGGGACUCUGCAGACAUGGUGGAGCUGCUGGAUGGCUACACCCACCGUGUCCUGGUCCGCUUCAAUGGGAGGAACCGCCCACCUCUGUCCUUUAAUGUCUCCCUGGAUUUUGUCAUUUUGUAUUUCUUCUCUGAUCGCAUCAAUCAGGCCCAGGGAUUUGCUGUCUUAUACCAAGCCACCAAGAAAGAACCACCACAGGAGAGGCCUGCUGUCAACCAGACGCUGGCAGAGGUGAUCACCGAGCAAGCCAACCUGAGCAUCAGCGCUGCCCACUCUUCCAAAGUCCUCUAUGUCAUCACCACCAGCCCCAACCACCCGCCACAGACCAUCCCAGGUAGCCAUUCCUGGGCACCAUCAGUUGGGGCCAGCGGCCACAGAGUGGAAGGAUGGACCGUAUAUGGCCUAGCAACCCUCCUCAUCCUCACAGUCACAGCCGUCGUUGCAAAGACCCUUCUGCACGCCACAUUUAAGUCUCAUCGUGUGCCUGCUUCAGGAGACCUUAGGGACUGUCGUCAGCCAGGGGCUUCUGGGGAGAUCUGGACCAUUUUCUAUGAACCUUCCACUACAAUCUCCAUCUUUAAGAAGAAGCUCAAGGGCCAGAGCCAACAAGAUGACCGGAAUCCCCUCGUGAGUGACUAAAGCCUCACUGCACCCAGACAGGAGGCUCCUCUCUGAGCUCAAGGCUGCUGGUCCCUUCCCCCGUAGCCUCUCCGAAUGGGGCUCCUAAAGUCUCAUGGGGCCGCCCUUCUGCAGACUUGGAAUGGGAACCCUGUUACAGGGGAGCGUAGCCUGGAGCCCUCCUCCAUCACUUGCACUUAAGCUGUGCCCGGCCUGCAACUCUGUCUCCACUGGGGAUUCUAAGGCGGGCUGCGCUGAUUGUCACAGCUGGGCCUGAUUCUAGGCGACUGUUGGGUGGUGGGUAGUUUAGUGUGUGAUGGGUUUUUCUCGCUUCUUCCCUAUUUUGCCCUCGAAUGGGUCAGUUUCCCCUGGUCUUUACCGGUUGGAACAGAGCCAGACUGAAGAAAUUCUCGGGCUUUCUUGAAGACUGGCCUAGUUCCCUGCCGAGUGUGGUCUCCUGGACGUUAGCACCUCAGAGUGGGCAGAGACCCAGUGCUCUGUACUGGCCCUGAAGCUUUCUCUCUGAGGCCAACUGAGGCAUGCCUCAUCUGGUCGGAGAAGCCUGAGAACAGGGUCACACUAGAUGUCUUCUUUCUAGAGGAUUCACUGACCUGCAGAACAAGCCUGGAGAUUGAGCAUAAAAAGUCCAGUCUGUUUGUCUAUGGAGCAGACACUGUAAACUUCCUGUAUACUAGACUUACCUAGCCUGCCCCAAGAUUCAGUCCUGUGGAAUCUGAACUCAGCCAACUCCUAGUUCAGAACCGGGAGUUCAAAGGCUGUAUGAGCAUAGUGCUGGGGCUGUAGCUCAGUGGGAGAGAGCCAGCUUGCACACACGAGGGAGGCCCAUGCCAGCACUGCCAGAAGAGGGAGAGAAAAAGACUGUAGGCAGCGUCCCUGUGAUGCCUGCAGGAGGUGCCAUCGUUUUAAAAGAUCAAAACCAAAAGCUAUGUCCUUCGUCCCUUAUCAUGGGGACGGUGUAGUUAGGACUAAGGGCUCUCGCCUUGUCCCAUCGCUUUGUCCCUUAGGCAGGGAGGCAGACUGUAGAGGUUGGCAAAAGGAAAAGACAGGGCUUGGGAACUGGAGGUCUUCCCAGGAGAGGCUGGAAGAGUAAGGAGAGGAAGGGCCAUCCCUGAUGGAGAAGCCUGGCACUCUGGAAAUGGCCUUUGUCAGCAGCAGCUGAGAGGAACAGCCUGUGUCCUGAAGGUGGACCUUGGUCAGAGUGUGGCUCUCCUGCCAGCAUUUGUGCGUUAGCGCUUGUGGCCUCUGGUUGCCUGGGUAACCCUCUUGGAGCAUUAUGCUUGGCUCCCCUGCUUCGCUAAGCCACUGCCAUUGAGGCCGUUUGUAGGGUUCGGGUAACCCAUAAGUAGCUGGCUGCUCCCAGAACAGGGGACUAUAUGGGACCAUCGGGAGCAUCCUCAGGGAGAAGCAGUGACCAGAGCUGAUGGGAGGAGGAAAACCGUGUCUGGAUAGUGGGCCAGGGAUGCUGGCCAGCUCCUGUUGGAGGCAGGAGGGGUGCAGAGCUGCUGGGAUCUCACUUUGAUCUGGAAAAGCUACAGCCCCUGGGUCUGAAGACAGACUCACCACACACGAAGACCACUGGAAACAGACUGACAGGAGCAGGUUCCUCUCCAGGCUGUUCCUAAUGCUUGUGGGAUCCCCUCUGGAAACAAGUGUGAGUCACGGAGUGCCAUGUGCAUAGCACAGACGAUGUGGGCUCUCCCAGGCAGGGCCAGCUGGCCAGGACACUUGCUUAGCUCUGAUCGAUGGCCCCGGGCUUCCUUCAGGCCACCUCUCAUGGCCUCUUCACAUCUCAGACACAGGAAGCCAUACCCCAGUGGUGGCAGCUACAACUCAGCUGCCCUUUAUUGUCAUUCCCAGGAAGGGCAGAGGACGUGCCCACACGCCUCUUGCUGCUGGCCUGGGCACAGCCCAGCAUUCCAGCGUCCACUUCCUCUCUGGGGAGCAGUCCCAGGAAGCACCAACCCACCGUACAACAGCCUGAGGCAGUGGGAAAGACUGUAAGUCACCCAGGCCGAACCUCCAGAAAUGAGUUAGACCCUGAGGUGGGUGUUCCAGGGUGCCAAGCGUUCUGGGGGAGGGGCCUUUUGAGUUGAGGAAGAUGGAGGUUACCUGAGGAGAACAGGGGCACAAAAGACUGAGUAUGGCCUUAGAGGUUAGUGCAGGCGCCUGUGCUCUUCCCCACUGGUCUCAUUCCUUAAAGCAGAGACAGUAGGAGAGAAGCCUGUGUCUCCCCCACAUCAGCAAGGAUGGGGCCGAGGCCGCCUGGAGAGAGCAAGGUGACCACACCUCUCGGACUUCUCAAAAUGUAGGCUCUGGCUUCAGACCUUAGUGAAAAGCUCCCGAAGAUCAAAGCUCUGGCAGGCAGGUACAGCUGUCCUGGCUCCCGUGCCUGGGCCAGGUGCCACCCCAUGUCCCAGGGCCAGCCCAGGCGGGACCCCACCUGACCCUCCUCAUCAGCCGCUGGUCUGACGCCAGCAGGGCUUGCACAGCUGUUGCCAACCCCCAGGGACAGUCCACGCUUAACCUUCAAGAGCACUUAGAGUGUCUGACCUCCCAGCCUCUGUCCACCUCUCUGCAGGACCCACGCUGGGUCUCCCAGGCCAGCUCCUCACUCCACAGUCCUCCCAUGGUUACCUCUGGGGCUUGGACUCCCCUGCUUGGUGUUUGGUGUCUGCUUUGGGUACUGCCUGGGCAACUGUUAACCCUUCCCGUGCCUUUGUUUACUGUCCUCACCCUACCUCCAGGCCGCUCUCAACCUAGCUGCUCUGGUAUGAGGGUGGGGGCUUGUCAGACCUGCCAGCCGCACCCCCACCCCGUCUGCCGCACAACCUGGGGUCUUGCAGUGUCGGAGCUGAGCAUGCUGGCUGAGGCUGAGUGUGUGUGUGGCAGGGGACGGCAGUGGGGUGAAUCUCGUGUCAGAAGGAUGUGUGCAAGGAAUCCUCUCCUGCCUGCACAGGGAGCUGCCAUCCCUGGCACCCUCGUGGCACCAAGACCUUCCCAUUUCCAAACUCACCCUCCAGCAGGGAUCUGACUUUGGACAACAAUGCUUUAUUUGUAAAUAUGCUCUUAAUAUGCAACUCUGAGAAUAAAAUAGAAACAUCGUGUAUUUUAAAAUAUAAAAUGAAGUGUGACACACUGUAUACAAUUUAAUAUAUAUUUUUAGGAUUUUGUUAUUUAAGAAAAUGGAAUGUGAUGGUACUUAACUUUUACAAAAGAGAGAAAUGUUAUUUUUACUGUUUGAAGAAAAUAAAUACUCUCGUUGUUGUAGAAACA